CCUGCUCAGCUUCCUGUCCGUUGGUUAAUCCACUUGUUGAGGAGCAGAGGACGAAGAGGCGGACACAACAAAAAAAGCUUCACUGAAAGUUCAACAAUGGCGGAAAAGGACGGAUAAAAAGCGGCGGUUUGAGCACCAUGUUCGGUCUGAGAGAAGCCGGAGUCCUCGGCGCCUCCGUGGCUCUCGCGGGUGGAGUCGCCUAUUUUAUCUGGAACUACUCGUCGUCCUCCUCCGGGGAGAAGAAGCCUCAAACACGGCCGAGAAAAGAGGGUAAAAGGGCCGGAGAGGCAAAGGAAGAGGAGAGAGGAGGAGAAGCUCCAAAUGAACCAACGGUUGCUGCUGAACCCAAGACAACAUCGGAGUCUAAGCCCGUGGAGUCCACAGGGACCCAGGUGCUGGUUCUGGGUCUGAAUGGAUCCGGGAAGACCAGCCUGCUGAACUGUUUGUCCACCGGGUGUCUAGAGCAGGACACACAGCCUACGAAUGGCUUCAACGCCGUCUCCAUCCACAGGGAGGACCUGCACAUUGAGUUCCUAGAGAUUGGAGGUAAAGAGGAGCUCCGGCCGUACUGGGAGAAGUACAUGUCCAGGGCGCUGCUGCUGGUGUUCGUGGUCGACUCCUCCGACCCGAAGCUCUUCCCCGUCGCUAAGAAGCAUUUACAUGAGCUGCUGGCCUCCGAGCCCCGCCUGCCUCUGAUGGUGCUGGCCAACAAACAGGACCUUCCAGGAAGCUGCGGCAUCACGGACCUCCACGCCGCCCUGUCUCUGUCCGAGGUCGGAGAGCGCCGCUUGUUCCUCAUCGGCACCUACGUGAAGAGGGGCGAGAAGGAGCUCGGCUCCGGCGUCCAGGACGCCCGGGACCUGAUCAUCCAGAUGGUUUGUGACGGCAGAUGAGACACUCCCUCUGUCCGGUGUGAUAGCAUCCAGCAGGUUCUCUCUUCGAUGUUUUAGCUCGGCUGAAGCUCCUAUUUAUUCAUGAGAAUAUUUAAAUAUAUUUGUAGUUCUGCUUUAGUAGAGUUUGGAUUAUUCAAACUUCCAGAUUCUGGAUUUAAAUGUGUGAAACUUCACUGACUUUGAAUUUGUUGCUCCAUCGUUACCAAAAGUAAAUGAGUGAUUUUGUGAUUUUAAGCUGAGGGCCGACAGGUGUUCAAAUAUCAUCUUCACCAAAGAGUUAUUUUCAGAGUCUCGUCAGCAGAGACGUGAGUGUUUCACAUUAAAAGACUCCCGGUGGGUUUAGAUUCACGCAGGACGUCACCAGCGAUGAGCUAACAGGCUGUUAGCAUCAUAGAGGUCGUUUUUCAUGUACCGUUGCAUGUAACCGGCAGUUGUCAUGAUGUUUGUCACGUGAUCCACAGAAUAUUUAAAACCUCGACAGUAAGACCUAAAGCUGUACUGGACAAAGUUUAAUACAAAGUACAAAAAUGAAUCUCCCAUCCCUUCUGAUAAAUAUUAAAACAUGAGGCUCGCUGUGUUCAGCUCAGUGAUGGUACGUGUCAGGAUUUCUGGGUAUUUAAAUUUAAACGUCUUUAAACUGUUACCUCUGUCUGCCAUGUGGGGGCGCCAACAUGCAAACUAUCACAGCUUUAAGAAGCAGUUGAGCUUUCUGAUGCGCUGUUAACAUGUAAACUAAAAUAUAUAUAUAUAUAUAUAUAAUUAAAAAAAGCUUAACUUCAACAGGAACACCGCAGCUAUUUAAUGUCUGAAUAAAACAGUUGAAUGAAGUCGGUGAAGUGGAAACUGAGGGCUGUUUUCUGUAAAGAUCAGCUGUUUUAUCGCCUUUUUAUUUUUGAAUAAUCAGAUAUCUAGUCACUGAACUUACGAACUUUAACACAACCAAAUCAUUGUGUGUAAUUGUUGGAUUAGCUUUAAAACAUUCUUGCUUUUAUUAUCUCUUUUCCAGAUGUCUUUGUGUGUUUUUUGCUGUUGAGAGAGAUGCUGCCUGGUUCUUGUUAUUUCGUCUUAAAGCUGUUUUAUUUGGUGAAAUCUGCUUAAUGAAUCACGUCUGUUAACUCUGGGAUGAAGGGGAAUUACGUUGUUGUUGUGUGCAAAGCCUUCAUGUGUUACAUUUGUCUCGGAGUGUUUUUCUAAUACCAGAACAUGUCCAAUAUACAGUAAUGAUCAACACUUUGAUUGUCUUUGUACUGGUUUUCCACUCUCAAAUAAAUAGAUUGCACUAAA